UUCUGCUGGAGAUGCCCAAGGAGUCGUUCCACUCCAUGCAGGAUGACUGGAAGCUGGAGAUCCCGGGACAUGUUCGACGAGCUGAGGGCCAAGGAGAAGGAGCUGCUGUGUCGGGAGGAGGAACUGAAGCGGGCAGCCCUGCAGCAGAAGUCGCACGAGGAGUCGCUGAGGCAGAGGGAGCAUGCGCUGGCGCAGUGGGAACUCGACGUUUUCGAGCGGGAGCUCAGCCUCCUCAUCUACCAGAUGAACGCAGAGAAACCCAACGUGAAGAAAAGGAAGGGCACCUUCAAGAAGAACAAGCUGAAGGUGAAAGACGGCCAGUGCAUCAGCCGGCCCAGUGAUUUCCAGCACAAACUGACAGUCCAGGCCUCGCCUGUACUGGCCAAGAAGAAGGGGCCCUUCAAUAUUGGAUCCAGCCCGGCCAAUCAUUCUCCCUUCGUACCCAGGCUACGGGCAAUCCAGUUGAUCCCUAACGAGAGUAAUGGCGGCUGGAGCGGGCGUUCGGCGUGGAACCACGAGAACUCGGACGGCGAGGAGAGCGGGAAGGGGGCGAGGAGGCCCCGGCGUUCCCGUGGCAACGACGGCGCCGGCAAACAGCGGCAAACUCCAGCCGACGGCAGGGCCAAACCGGGAGUGGACAACGGGAUGUGGAUGGCCGAGUCUGCAGACGAGGGGCCGUACACAAACUCCACUGGAGACUCGAACCCAGCAGCUGAGGAUGACAGGAAUGGGGUGCAGUUGUCUGACGAGACGCUGGUGGGGGGAGGAGGUGAGCCAGUGGACAAUGGCGGUUGCCGUGGAGACCGGGCCCGGUGUGCGGGGAGAAGCCUGCACCGGGCGUUGCUAGGCAGCGCCGCCAUGCUGGCCGCGGUGGGGCUGGGCCGCAGCCUGCAGCGCCUCCAGCUGGCGGAGGUGGGCGGUCAGACCUCGCCACCGCCGCCACCCGCCCGCGAGGACGAAGGUUCGCCGCGCCUCGCCCACUGCAAGAAGGCCCGCAAGGAACUACAGGCUCCCGCCGUGCUCAUCGACCUCAGCCCCGGCCCGGACCCCCCACUCCUGCCCGGGCCUCCCGUCACCCCCCGGAGGGAGAGGAGACGGCUGGGCAGAGAGAGGCAACGGCCCGAGACCAGCGGCAACUCCACAGGAGAUGUUGUCUCACCGGUUCGGCUUUGGGACGAGGAGAAGCCCGCCGUUCCCGCCUCUCCCGAGCUGUGCCUGUACAGGGUGGGCCUGCGUGCGGACCCCCCCACUGCCAUGGCUCUCCCCCGACCCCGACCCUCGCCCGCCAGGGCCCGCAUCGACCCCUGGAGCUGCGUGUCCACCGGGCCGACCCCUGACCCCUCGCGACCCCCGGCCCCCGACCCCUCCCCGGGCAACCCCUUCCGACCGCCCGCCCCCCUGGGUCCAGCUGUGCCCCCCCGGCCCCCGGAACCCCUUCGGCCCGCCCGACCCGUUCUACCCCACAGUGGACAGAGCUGGAAUCUCGAGUUGCCCCUUCCCCCCGCCGCUAGAGGUGGCAGCUGCCGAGCGCAGUCUCAUCGACCUCGACUCGGAGGCGUGGGGCCGGGACUCAGCCCCGCUCACGGGGUGGGGUCUGGGCAGGUCCGUGCAGAGGUGAGGCCGAGCCCAGACCUCCGGCAGACCACGGUCCCAACCCACGCACGCACGGGCCACAGAGGAGGCGCCCGGCAGCUCAGCUCAGCGCGGGCAGCGUGGUGGCACGGAGGCAGCAGGGAGAGGGGGCGAGCUGUGCCACGCUCAGCUACAGACUGGCACAGGCAGAGACAUAUACACACACACACACAGGAGAUACAUAGAGACAUACACACACAGGAGACACAUAGAGACAUAUACACACACACAGGAGACACAUAGAGACAUACACACACAGGAGACACAUAGAGACAUAUACACACACACAGGAGACACAUAGAGACAUACACACACACACACACACACACAGGAGACACAUAGAGACACACACACACAGGAGACACAGAGAGAUACACACACACACACACACAGGAGACACAUAGAGACAUACACACACAGGAGACACAUAGAGACAUAUACACACACACAGGAGACACAUAGACAUGCACACACACACACACACAGGAUACACCUAGACACACACACACAUACGAGACACAUAGAGACACACACAUCCACAGGAGACACAUAGAGACGCACACACACACACACACACACAAGACACACACACAC